AUUCGUAUAAAAAGUAUUGAGUUUUCAAUUGAAUUCACUUUUAAUUGCAAUUCAUUUGUAUUUCAAUUGUAUUUCAUUUAUAACGCAAUUUUAAACCAAUUAUUGGUCACUAGUAUUAAGUGCAGACACAAUGCAAUUCACAUCCAAUUCAUGGUCUCUUCACGUGUUGGCAAUUGUCUUAUAUUUGACUCAAUUGUGGCAAAUGUCUGAAUGUCUGCGCGAAGGCCAGUGCGAGGUCUGUGUGGGAGUCAUCACUAAACUGGUGAACCGAUUGGAGAGCGACGAGAAGGCCGAUCACCUGAAGAUUGAGGAGAAGUUCAAAGAACUGUGUUUAGAGACGAAGAAAGCCGAGAACCGAUUCUGCUAUUACAUCGGAGGACUGGAAGAGUCGGCCACUAAGAUAUUGAGCGAAAUGUCUCGACCCCUGAGUUGGGGACUUCCGGCCGACAAAGUGUGCGAAAAGCUCAUGAAGAAGGACUCGCAGAUCUGUGAACUUAGAUAUGAGAAGACGAUUGACUUGAAGUCUGUGGACCUGAAGAAACUGCGGGUCCGGGACCUCAAGAAAGUGCUCAACGAUUGGGAUGAAGUAUGCGACGGAUGUAUAGAGAAGUCUGAGUUCAUCGCAAGAAUAGAGCUCUUGAAACCCAAAUACAUGAGAGAAGAGCUUUGAUGUUAUAGUUAUUUAUUAGUCAUUAGUUUUCUAACAAAUUGUUUUCUGCGAAACAUCUUCACUGAGACUCUCAUCACAUACUCUUCUAAACCAAACCUAUAUUUUUCAAAAUAUUUGUAUUUAAGUUAACAAAUGAUUUUUAGUGAAUGUUAUGUCCUUUUGUAUUAUAAGAAAUUCAUAAUUAAUUUAUUUAUUUCUCGUCAAUGAAUAAUAAAAGCAAUAUUUAUAGUUUUCAA